UAAAAUAAUUUUUCCCGCGUACUUAUCAGCUGGUGACUGUUGAUCACGUUUUUGUUUCAAUUUACCAUCUAACCCAUCGGCACAUUUUAUUUCAAUAAUUUAAUUACCGCCAUUUAUUAUUAGUAUCAUACAAAAUAAAGUUCUAAUAUACUUGAGUACUUAGAAUACUAAUAAAUUAUUAUUGAAGUGACUGUGCAUAAAUAAAUAAAACAUCGUAAUAAUGUGGGAUCAGUCAAGAAAUGAGGGCGAAGGCGGCGGUGGUUUCAUGGACGAAAGCUACAGCACAAUAGCUCCUCAAGCUGAUCGUGGAGAAGCAAAACGUAGCAAUAAUGUCGUGCCCAUGAUGAUCGGUCACCUCAUUAAAAGUUCAAAAAAAUCUAAAACCAUCUGGGGAACAAACGUCAACGUCGUUUGUAUUGUUGCUGUUGUUAAAGACAUCCAGUCACAAACAACUAAAAUAGGAUAUGAACUUGAAGAUGAAACUGGUAAAAUAAUGGCAUACAAAUGGUUAGAAGCUGAAAGUGUUGUUCCUGAAGGGAUAACAAAAGAUUGUUAUGCUAAAGUUUACGGUACUCUACGAGAGCAAGGAGCUGACAUGACGACUCAUAUAUUUGUCAUGAAAAUACUGCCUGUUAAAAAAUAUGCUGAAGUAUUUUCUCAUUUGCUAGAAGUUACUUUGAUUGCUAUAAGGAUGAAAAAUUCAAAUAAUUGUUUACAAGGCGGCAAAGUUGAAAUGCCAACUGGUAACAAUGACGACGAAGAUGAUGAUGUCUGUCAUGGUUUAACCAACGAACAGAAAGUUAUUUAUAAAAUAAUUAAAAGAAAUGAUACUGAAAAUGGUAUUGAACGCGGUGAUUUAAAAUCACAGGUACCUGGUAAUUUAAAAUCUAAAGUUGAUGGAAUUUUAGAAUUCCUGGCGUCAGAAGGUCAUAUUUAUACAACGCGCAACGAUGAUUAUUUCAAAGCUACUUAAUAUUUAUAAUAUUUUUUCCUACGUUAUUUUUUAAAAUAGAUUAUUUAAUUAUUUCGAUUGUGUUUAAAAAACAAAAAUAAACAAUUUUCAUUUUUAUAAAAUAAAUACUUCAUAAUAAAUAAAUAAAUAAAAUACAAAUCUUUAAAUAAAUGUUAAGCGUAAUUUCUAAUUUACAUGACAAAUCAAGUGUCACAAUUUUUAGCAAUAAGCCUCAGAGUUUACUGAGAAGGGAUCAAAGUAGCGCUUAUAAUUCAUCUGUCAAAGUAAUCACUAAUGUCAGCAUUUAAAACUCAUACGACCUCACAACUUAAGCAUGAGCUCAUUUUAUACAUUGUCAUUUUUUAUUUUUAAGUCUUUGUACUUUUAUUGCUGGUAUUUUUGUACUAAGUGAAAAAAUUAAGUUUCUUUAAAUCAAUAUACUUAACAUUCCAUUAUAAUAUAAACAUUUUUUGUAAUUUUUUAAUAGUUAAAUAAUUUGUAAGAAAAUAUAUUAAUUACAUUAAAACUUGUCGAUAAAUUAAGUUUUUUUCUUUAACUUACUGCAGUUUUUUAAAUUCAAUACUAAAUUUAAUUUAAAAUAUUUAAUUAGAAAUUUCAUAAAAAUGAAUUGUUCGCGCCAUAUUAAAAAAUAGAUGAUUUUAAUUUUAACUGGCCAAUUGGAUUUUAAAAUUCCAUACUUUGUUUGAAAUGAAAUUAGAACAAUGAUACAUCCUAAUGAAUGUAAACUUGAAUUAAGCCGCCUAGAGAAUUAUGAAACUCAAUUUACUACUAAUUAAAUUAAAUCACAGCAUUUAAAAUAAAUGAGUAUCUAAUUUAUGAAUUAAGAAUUAUAUUUUUAAAUUAAUGCAGUUUCGAAUUUAAAUUUAAAAUCUAAUUAUAUCAAUUUCUUAUAUAAGACCUGUCUAAGCUCCAUUAUCAUUAAUUUUUUAUGAUAAUGAUGUUAGCUGACAUCGAAUAAUUUUUUGAUUCUUUUCAAAACGAUGAAUUAUAAAAAAAAAAAAAUAUUUUAAGAAAUUAAUUUAAAAAAUAUUCAGCUUUUUUUUUAUUUAUAAAACAAUAUUUUGUUGAUUACAUUUAAAAUUUGUUACACUAGACAGUAUACUGAAAGUUAUUGUAAACAGAAAGCGGUGCUGUAAUAAAAAAUCACAGAGAUGUUCACUCAAAUAUGAGAUUUAUUAACUAUUAAGGAAGUUCGACCGAUACUAGUGAGUCAAAGUAGUGUUUGGAUUUUUUUGUUUGCUAAAUUCUCCUAAUAGUUAUGAAAAUUCAUUAUUUUAAUUUAUAAUAACAUAACGAAUCCAUAAAUUAAUAUUCAUUACUUAUUUAAUUAAAGAAAGUAAUGAAUGACUUGGUUAUUUUUGACUCAUAUGAUUUAAUAAAAAGAUUUGGCAACAGCGCUUUCUAACUUCUUACACAUCGAUAUUCAAAUUAACGUGGGAAAAAUUUAUUUCUAAUCUCAUCUCUCUUAUUAAUGUAUUUCUAUCGUUUUUUCUCUCAGCUGCUUCCGCGACGUUGCUAAACUCUCAAUAAUAUGUAUCUCUGUUGAUGAAUGAGAUUAAAUAAUAAAGUUUAAUUUGAAUUAUUUAAAUAAUUACAACGGUAACACUAACUUGUUAAAAUCUUAUCAUAUUCCAAAAAUAUUAAAGUUUAUGGCAUGUGGUUUUUUAUUUCUUAAACUUGGAAGGUUAAUAAUUAAAAUAAUCGAACAAGUCAUGACGGGAGCUUGUCCGCCAUAAGAGCUUGUGUAUAAGAACUUUAAAAACGUCAUUUUUAAAUCUUUUUUUUUUUUAACUAGACAGUGGAUCAUAUUCAAAUUUUGAGAAUACAUAGAUAAAGUACUUUUUUACAUAUAUACUAAGUUUCAAAUCUUAAAGUUGGAAAAUCCUUUAUACAUUGGAUUCGGUCGAACCUCCUUACUAAAUCUAUAUUUGAGGCAAAUAAAUGCUUAUUUCAGACAAAUGAAGCUGAAAAACUGUUUUAAAUAAAUGUAUUUAUUAAUAUCAAAUAAAUACUUCUAUCAGUGAGUGGUUCUUCUAAUUAUAGAAAUGGUUCUUAUAAUUUAUAGGAAUACUUUCUAUAGCAUUAUAGGAAUCAAUCCUAUAAUAGCAUGAGAACGAUUUUCAAAAUAUUGUAGGAAUGGUUACCUUAAUGCAAUUGGAUUAGUUCCUAUAUUUAUGAGAAUCAUCUCCAUAAUAUAUAGAAACCAUCACAAUAAUAGUAUGGAUACAUAUCCUAUACCAUUAGGGGAACUUUUCCCAUAAUGCAUAGCAAAACUUUCCAUAAUUUUCUUUUUGCGCAGUUCGGUAAAAUAAGUAUGAGUGCUUUUUAGUAUCCUUGAAGUUAAGUAACUAAAAUAUUAUUUUCUUAUCAUUUAGACUUAAAUAAUUUAACUUUUUAUUUUUUAUUUUUAUAUAAUAUUCGUUGCUUUCGUUCUACUAUCAAAUAAUUGGAAGUCUUUAAAAUAAUAAUUACUUUUUAUGUUCUCAAUUAUGACAUUUGAUAAUUGU